CUGGCGGAGCUGGUCCCUUUAAACAGAGACGACUCUCUGCAGUUUUCCACCCGCUCUUUGUCCCUCACUCAGCUUCCUGCCUACGUCUUCCCCUUUAAGGUGAUGCAGGACACAGUUGUGCGUUAUUUGAUGAUUCUCUGUCAUGUCGGCAGGGAUAAACUUGGACUAAACAACAUCGUUACAGAGCAGCGACGGUGGGAGUAAAGAGAAGCGGAGCAUCUCCCCCUCCCCACACACAUACACACCUCCCCGGCGGCAUCAUCACAUGUUCGAGUAGCGGAGGGACGUUGGUUGUGUUCAGGGACUAACUGGGAGUCCUGUGUCCUUGCCUGUGUCAAAGGCAACAGCUGUGUUCGUCCGAGGCUGCAACCCUUCUCCAGGACAGACAUGUCUUUUUGUCUAUCAGACAAAGCUGGGCGGCUCUGAGGCGCGGAGGAGACUGUGUGACUGCGGUGAAACUCCUCCACUCUGUCUCCGCUUUUAAGCCGCAAUGUUUGUGGAUGUUUCAGAGAGACGACGAGCGGCAGGAUUUUGGCUCAUAGUCAGUAACGCUUAAAGGGAUUUUACCACAGCUCUACCCUUCUGCCUGGGGACCAGCCUACUCGACAUCCUCCCUCUCAUCCUCUACCUUCAAUAUUCCUGCAGCGAUGACAUCCCCAGACUCACCACCAAUGGUCUCCCCAUCUCCUUGCCCUGCUCCCCCUCCAUCCCUCCCAUCCUCCCCCGUGCCCUCUUCCCCAGCUCCGUCCUCCUCCUCGAUCCCUCCGCCACCUUCUCUACCCCCCACGGGUGAGGUGAUGGUGCUGGCUCUGGGCAGGAAGAAGCAAAGGGUGCUGAUUGCACUCUCCAUCCUGCCCAACCUCUUUCUGGCCUUCCUGCUCUCUUCCGACCCCCUCAUCACCCUCUCCCCUCACCACCACUGCCACCUGCCGGGCCCCCUGCCAUCACCAGAAGUGCUGAAUGCCUCCGUGCCAUGGGAGAAGGGGGAAAGGCCUGGGGACAGCGGGGGCCUGUCCCAGUGUAAGCAGUAUGCCAACAGCAGCCAGACAGCUGUGGUGGACUGUGAGGAUGGCUGGGACUACAACGUCACAGAAGGGUUGAAGAACAAUAUCGUUACUGAGUGGAAUCUGGUGUGUAGUCAGUACUGGCUGGUCCCAGUGGAGGAGGUGUGUUUCAUCCUGGGUGUCCUGACUGGUUGUCUCGGCCUGGGCUACGCCGCCGACAGGCUGGGCCGGUCCAAGACCCUCCUGACCUCUCUGACCCUCUCAGUGGUGUUUGGGGUGCUCGUGUGCGUCUCUCCGUACCCUUCUGUCUUUAUCGUCAUGCGUUUCUGUCUUGCGGCGGCCAGCGCUGGAGUCUAUCUUACUCUGUAUAUAACCCGCCUGGAGCUGUGUGAGCCGUCUCUCAGGCUGAUGGCCACCACGCUGGCUGGACUGACAACUGUAGCCGGGGAGCUGCUGCUGCUGGCCGUGGCCCUCGGGUGCCAGUCCUGGAGGGGGCUGCUGGGAGCUGGGUCGGCCCCACUAACACUCUUUCUCAGCUAUGGCGUUCCCGGGGUGUUUCCAGAAUCUCCUCGCUGGCUCCUUCUGUCAGAGCGAUCUUCAGAUAUGAACGCAUUCAGCGAGAGAAGAAACUCCAACAGAGACGUGAGGGACGACGAGAGCUUCACAGAGCUGGAUUCAGAGCCAGCCCCCUCCUCACACCCCCACCUGUCCUUCCCUGAGCUCUUCCACAGCAGGAACAUCUGGAAGAACAUGUGCGUGCUCGGCUUCACCUCAUUCAUCUCUCACGGCAUUAGUCACUGUUACAGCUCUUUCCGAGGUGACGUCAGAGGCACCGCCCCCAGCUUCUAUUGGACGUACCUGCUCUCUGUGUGUGCGGGCGGUGGGGCCUGGAUGUUGCUCUGGGUGACUGUAGACAGGUGCGGUCGCCGCGGCAUCCUGCUUCUCUCCAUGACGAUGACGGGGCUGGCCUCUUUGAUCCUCCUGGGACUCAUGGAGUAUCUCAGUGAGACGGCCAUCACGGUUUUCUCAGUGCUGGGUCUCUUCUCGUCUCAAGCCACUGCAUCCCUGUGCAUCCUCUUCACUGCAGAGGUCAUGCCUACCAUCAUCAGAGGGAGCGGUGUAGGAACUGUGCUCGCUCUGGGCUGCGUGGGCCGCCUCAGCUCCCCUCUCAUGGAUCUGAGAAACCACUACGGCUACUUCCUGCACCAUGUCGUCUACUCCUCUCUGGCUCUGCUGGCCGUGCUGUCCAUCCUGCUGCUGCCCGAGAGCAAGAGGAAGCCGCUGCCCCAGACGCUGGCCGACGGGGAGCAGUACAGACGCCCCCCGCUGGGCAGGAGGAGACGGGACAAUGUGCCGCUGCUGGCGACUCCCAACCCGGAGACCUAAAAUACCCCACGUAACAGUGGGAUGGACUCCACUCACUUUUUCAGCCGGGACAUUUUUCAUCACUCACGUUCAUGUAGAGGACAGAUAAAGCAAUAUAAAGACUUAGAAAGUAACCCAGAAAAAUGGAGAGAAAAGGGCUGCAACAGAUCAUCAUGGAGCUUUUUAACAUAUCAUCUUGUCACUACAAACUCAGGCGGGUGGGUUGAGCUGCCAUUGACUUUUCUGUUUCUCUUUCCUGCCGCUCAGAUGUGUCUCAAUGUCCUCGUGAAGACACGCAGUGUUCACACACAUCUUCGUCUUUCGUACCAUCUCUUCCUGCCCGGAUGCCCCGCCUCCCGCCAUAUAAGACACACCAGCACACACUGCUGCAUGCCAUCCUCCAUACUGAGUGUGUCUGUCACAGAGAUGCUAGCUACUUGAUAGUUGCGACUUGAAGAGUAGUCGCAAGUUAUUCCUAGCAUUUGUGUUAACCUGAAUUCAUGUGUGUUUUUCUUUUUUUGUGUGUGUGUUUGCCGUCUAUAACAACACAGUAAGUGCUCAGAGCUGUACAAAAGUCAGUUUUGUAUAAUGUUCUGUGACUUUUGUCGUAAAACUCUAAACCUUCUAGCUCCCCGAGUGGAGGAUGGACCACAGUUCUCGAACAUGUGUUGUGGGGGUUAAAUGCCUUGUAAAUACUCUAGACUUAGUCUCUUUAACUUCUUGGGGCAUCUGAGUUUUGUUAAAGGAGGCCCUGUGGCUGGAACCUUACAGUACAGUAUGCUAUGCAGUGGGGAAGAGCACUUUGAAUCUUUUUUUUAAAGAUAAUAUUGAUUCAUUUGACUAAAGUCUUCAAAUUUAAGGGAAGCUGUUAAACAUAUUUGGAACAAAGGCUAAAACGUCUUUAAGCAGAGACCUGCUCAAAUGGUGGAAACCCACUCACUGACUCUGGCCUGGAGCCAGCAAUAUUUAUGUUAUUUAUGUUGUUAUUAAGCUUAAUUAGUAAAUUAUCCAAAGGCCGGGCACUUUGAAGUAUUUAGCUAAAUUGGCAUCAUUAUUCAACAACAGUGAAGCCGUUAACCGUCACAACAUUCCUCUCUGCAUGUCUGGAUUCACUGAAGGGCUUGUUUUUUAAAUUAAUUUUAUUUUAUUUGGGGGUUUUUCCUCAGAUGCUAAUAGUUAGUCAAUACCUCUCUAGAUGACCAGUCUUAGCUGUAAGAGAACAGACGGGUACCAGAAACUCCAGCAGAAGCUUUUAAACGGUGACUUGCAUUAACAGGCAAGUUUAUUUUUACCUGGACUUGGACGUGGAGGUCGUGAUGGAGGUCGUCUGUUAUUUUAAAUGAAUGUUUAUUCACGCUGGAGAAAGGGCCUGAUGAUUACACUCAGCUGCAGAGGGCCCCGGAGCUCCAAAUGAACCCCCGACUCCUCCUCGAGCACGCUCCUGAGAUAUUUUCAGUGUUGUGUGCUGGCUGAAGCCGUAUCGCAUAUGGCACAAAUUCAGCUUUGAUAGAGAGUUUCCAGUGUGUGUCACUGCUUCAAAAAAAUGUGUACGAGUGUAUUUUUUUUUUCCCCCCUCAAGUUUGCACCUGAGUGAGUGUGCGUGUGUGUGUGUGUGUGUGUGUGUGUGUGUUUUAAACAGGAAGCAGAUAUUGUUAAUUUGGACUCUGACACUAAAGACUAAUUCUGAAGGACGCACACUUUAGCUGAUGGUCUCUUUCCCCGUCAGCCUUUGGUAGAUCUUUUUUCUUUUUCUCUGUACGUUGCACUCAAAUUCUAACAUUUAUACACUGAUAUUUACUAUCACUAUGAUUAACUUAGCUCGAAUAAUGUUACGUCUGACAACAUUGAUGAUGUGUUCAACGAUGAGUGUGAUGCAGUUUAACUAUAGCCUGAUUUCAUGUCAAAUAAAACUGGUUAAGUAAGUAA